AUGACACUAAAGUGGACGCUCAUUCUUCUUGGCGUCCUUGAACUCUUCGCUAUCACCGACGGGAGCAUUCGCUCAGAUCCAGUAAUCAUCGGUUCGGUGCUGAAGUGCGAUCCAAUUGGAACAUGGAUACGUUACCGUCAUCGAUGUAUUUGUCGGCCACAUUUCCAUGGGUUACGAUGUGAACGAAUCUAUCGAUGUGUUAGUGGCAAACCACGCAACGUGAGCUGUUCCUAUCCAGAAGCUGAGCACAUGGUGGUUGCCAAAGCAAGAUGUUUACACGGCCAAGACGAGAACAUUGAG